CUGGCGGAGGCUGUGCUCCUUGGCCGGGCUCGGGGCUGCUGUGAGGCCGAGGGUGCGGCUGGAGCACAGACCAUGUUCCGAGCGGGGGCUCCUGGGCACCUCCGGCGGGCGGCCUCAUUGCUACGAUUUCAGAGUACCCUGGUAAUAGCUGAGCAUGCAAAUGAUUCUCUAGCACCCAUUACUUUAAAUACCAUCACUGCAGCCAAACAUGUUGGAGGUGAAGUGUCCUGCUUAGUAGCUGGAACCAAAUGUGACAAGGUGGCACAAGAUCUCUGUAAAGUAGCAGGUGUAGCAAAAGUUCUGGUGGCUCAGCAUGAUGCAUACAAAGGCCUCCUUCCAGAGGAACUGACACCAUUGAUUUUGGCAACUCAGAAGCAGUUCAAUUACACACACAUCUGUGCUGGAGCAUCUGCCUUUGGAAAGAACCUUUUGCCCAGAAUAGCAGCCAAACUUGAUGUCGCCCCAAUUUCUGACAUCAUUGAGAUCAAGUCACCUGACACAUUUGUGAGAACUAUUUAUGCAGGAAAUGCUUUAUGUACAGUGAAGUGUGAUGAGAAAGUGAAGGUGUUUUCUGUCCGAGGAACAUCUUUUGAAGCUGCGGCAACAAGUGGAGGUAGUGCCAGUUUAGAAAAUGCAUCAAGUACCUCACCAGUAGGAAUAUCAGAGUGGCUUGACCAGAAAUUAACAAAAAGUGAUCGACCAGAGCUAACCGGUGCCAAAGUGGUGGUAUCUGGUGGUCGGGGUUUGAAGAGUGGAGAGAACUUUAAGUUAUUAUAUGACUUGGCAGAUCAACUACAUGCUGCAGGUAAAGUUACUUUCCUUAGCAGAAAGAUGUUCUUUUUAU